AUGCAGAACAAUGCAAUAGUGGAAGCCCUGUACAAGGCACUGGCCCAAGGCCACACAGAAGCAGUAGCAAAGCUUCUUGCAAGUGACCUCGAAUGGUGGUUCCAUGGCCCUCCACAGAGCCAGCACAUGAUGCGUGUGCUUACAGGGGAGGCAAGCCACGCAGACUUCAGGUUCGAGCCAAGAAGCAUCACAGAGGUUGGUGACUGUGUGAUUGUUGAGGGAUGGGAAGGCGCAAAGGCCUAUUGGGUGCAUGUGUGGACCCUCAAAGAAGGCCUCAUCACCCAUUUCAGGGAGUAUUUCAACACGUGGCUCACUGUCAGGGAUCUGAAGCCGCAGGGCUGGGAGAACUUCAUUGUGUGGCAGAGCAUGCCAAGAGACCUGUUCCACCGCUCCUUGCCAAGCAUUCUGCUUGCUAUUUAG